AUGUAUAACACCCCUGGUAGUUACGAGAUCGCCAAGCAGUACGGUCCGCUGGCGAACUCGAAGCUUUGCGACGGCCUCUGGCCCGGUGGGGAGCGCGACCCCACGAGGCUCUUCGGGAUCGACGGCAAGGACGGCCCCCAGUUCAUCGCUGUCCACUCCGGCUCGAACUUCUCGCGCACAGGCCACCUUGGGUACCUCAUCGCGAACAAGGCGCGUCGUCUGCGUCCGACGAGCCACCCCGUCCGUGUCAAAGGCCAGCGGAGGACAACGAAUCCGAGCGUCACCAUCGUGAACCUCCAACGAGUGCCCGAAGGAGAGAUUGAGCACCCACAAUUGCCGUCUCAGUGGAGUCACUCGGUGUACUUCGCGCUCUUUCCGACACUCGUCAGCGUUAUCGGCUGCGUCGUAUGCGCACUCGUUGCCGACUGGUUCUGCUUCGCGAGCAUCGCACUUGGCAUCGUCGCCAACGGCUCCGCUUGCUAUGUCAUCGGCUCCGGGAAGCUGACGUUCAAGCACCACAGCCCUGCGAAGGGCGCUCCCCCUGGAGAUGGUGUGCUGAAGGGCGAUACGGAGGUGGUCGUGCUCAUCGGCAACGAGAGCGCAGUGAGCGCCUUCACGCGCGGCCGUUUCCUCCUUCAGUACCGAGGGCAGUCA